AAUUUUUCAGAUCAAAUUUCGCGCCGACAACACCGCCUAUGGUGUCGAGUAUGAACGCCAUGGAGAAAAGCACUUGGUGUAUGCGAACCGUGAAGUCAUUUUGUCCGCGGGAUCGGUCGGUUCUCCGAAAAUUUUAAUGUUGUCAGGAAUAGGACCGAAAAGACAUUUAGAAGAAUUUGGGGUCAAACCCCUCGUGAAUUUGCCGGUUGGUCAAAAUUUGCAAGAUCACGUGGGCACCUAUCUCGGCCCCUUUUUUAUCAACGAGCCCCUAACCUUUGCAAAAGAUAGGGACAUCACAGCCGAGAGUUAUGUUGAGUAUGGCGGCCAAGGGACGGGACCUCUGAGUUAUACCGGUUUCACUGCAACGGGUUUGAUCGCCUCAUUGUACGCCAAAGGUCGCGGUGAAGCGACAUGGCCUGACCUACAAAUCUCACUUUUCCCCACCACUGUGGACAAAUCUUUCUCUGCUGACCUGGCCCACACGCACGCCUUGAAUCCCGAAACUUUGAAAAAAUAUUAUUCUCACGCAAUUGGAAAGCAUUCCUUCCACGUCUGGGUCAAUGUGGCCCGACCUGCGGGGCGUGGAGAAAUUCGAUUGGCCUCCCGCAAUCCAGCCAACCCGUUGGUGAUUAAUCCAAAAUAUUUGGAGGAUCCGUGGGACCUUGAUGUUAAAGCGGGAGUGGAUGGACUAAAGAAAGCUUUGAGAUUGAUUGAAGGAUCCACCACCUUCCAAAAUAUCGGGGGACGUUUCACCUCAGAAAUCCUGCCUGGCUGCGAAUCCACAAAGUUUCGUUCGGAUGAGUAUUUUGAAUGCUAUCUCCGACAUUUUACCGUUUCCGCGUACAAUCCUGUCGGGACAUGCGCAAUGGGACUGAAGGAUUCACUUUUUGCCGUGGUAGAUUCUAAACUUCGCGUCCUUGGCGUUACUGGCCUACGUGUCGUAGAUGCUUCGAUAAUGCCUGCAAUCGUGUCUGGAGGAACUGCCGCGCCUACCAUCGCGAUCGCGGAAAAGGCGGCUGAUAUGAUUUUGUCGCACUGGAGUCAUCACGUUCCACAAGAAUUGGACGAUAUUUUAAACGCUGAGGUCACCAGCUUAGCUCAAGGAGGUCAACAGCAAAACCAUAUAUUUAAUUCUAUCGCCGACUCUGGAACAGCACAGUCAGAAAACGUGGCAAAAUUGGAGAAACCGAUUAAUUCGUUUUUACUGAAGGGUAGUGACCUUUCUCCAUUGACAACAACAAAGAUCACAACCAUGUCGACAUUGUCGGCAAGCAGUACUAGCAACAAUGUGAUGAAAUAUAUGAGUCCGUUUUCUGUAACGAUUAAAACCUCAAGUCCUACCCCGAUUCCGAAAAUUAAAGUUUCUACAUCGACAACUACCAAAGCGCCAUUUUCGUUUUUAAAUUUCGUUACAUCAACGCUAGCUACCACAUCAGCGACAACAACAACACCAGCUCCAAAAACCAUGGCGACAAUGCCAACAUCUAAACCGGUCAUGUUAUUCAACAUGGACGUCAACAGUCCGACGCACAUGUCGUUUCCAAUAGUUUCAUCGACAACCCGAAAACCAACGCAGUAUCUGAAAAAGAAACCAUUACAGAAAUGACUGCGUUCAACGACAAAAUCUCCUACCAGUG